UGGAAUGUGCUUGUUUACAUCCUCACUUGAUGGAGGCUCGGGACCAUGGAGGGCUGAGACUGUGGCGAUCUAAAGCUCCCACAAUCACACAUGUACACAGAUUUUAGUGCAGUGUACUUGCGUCCGGGAGCGGGGCAUGACUGAGGCUGCCCGCUGGUACUCCCUCUGCCCGCUGCUGGGGCUUCUGUGCGGAAUGUGUGGGGUGCUGGCGGCCGCAGAGCAGCUCGCCCUGCUGGAGGUAUUGGUGGAGCAACGGCCUGGGAUCAGCACCCUCCAGGGACAGCUGCUGCACCCGCGGAAAGGCUCUGAGCAACAGGGACGUGAGGCGGAGGGGCUGGAGGGCGCGUUGGUGUUGGUUCAUCAUGAUGAGCUGAUUCAGGAAGCUCCAGAGAGCACAGGGAGCAGGGUGGCACCGGAGAACUCACAAGACACAGAGCUGUGGAUCGGGGUAGUGCCUGUGGACCUGGACCAGAAGGUCUCCACGGGAAACCAAGAGUCCUUUGCUGACGCUGUUGUCCAAAAGAUGAAGCGUGCCUUGGUCCUGGGUGCGUCUGCUCUCAUAAUCCUCGCUCUCAAUCAGAACACUGUCAGUGAGAUGGACCUGUCUCAGGUCUUGGUCAAACCCAUCAUUGUGAUCCAGUCUUCUGAAAACGUCACACGCCUGUUCGGAGCUUUACUUAGGGGUUUGCAGGCCACUGUGAAGAUCACAUACCAGACCAUCCUGCAAGAUGACCUGGGAGCGACACUCACCCUGUGGUCCAGCUGUGGGCGCUCUCGAGACAGCCGCUAUGGGGAAUGGCUGGGGGUCAUCUGUACCGGAGAGAGCAACUCACAGGUCCAGAAGUAUCUGCAGCAGCUUUGGGACACAGUGCUCUUGGUGGUCCUCAUCCUCAGUACAGGUGUCCUGCUCCAGGCUCACCUGCAGGCUCAGGAGCAACCCCGGGACAACCAGCGGCAGCUGUUCACUAAACAGGAUGUGGUGAGGAGGGUGUCGUCCCUGCAGACCAAAACCUACAGUGAAGCGGUGGAGUCGGGCCCCUGUGCUGUGUGCCUGGAGCCUUUCUACAGCAGCCAGUGCCUGCGCGUGCUGCCCUGUGGACACGAGUACCACCAAGACUGUGUGGACCCCUGGCUGCUGCUGCGCCACACUUGCCCCCUGUGCAAGCGCUGCAUCCUCGGUCAGACCUCAUCUGUACACCACUGCUUCUCCUGCUCAGUAUGGAGCUCAGCAGUGACCACCUGUUCCAGUUCAGGAAGUAUAUUUUCCAUUAAUUUUACCCAUAGACUUUUUUUAUUUUAUUUUUUUGUAUUUCAAUACAUCGUGAAGGCUAGCCAGCUACGUGCUAACUAAUAUCCAUGGUUGUUAUAAGUCCAAAAAACACAUUUAAAACGCAACAUUUUUCCAAGUCUAUGGGAAACAUGAGAAAUUUACUUCUGGGACCAGGGGGUGGGUGGUCACUGGUGAGUUCCAAAGAGCUGUUGAAUUAAUCAAAAUCAUGGAAGGUGAUACAAAAAUGGAUCUGUUCAUUCACCAAACCAUCUCAUUACAGGUGCUGCAUGUAGAGACAGCUGACAGUGGACUUCAUGGCUGCGCAGAUAGCCUAAAGAUUCCCCAGGUGAAGAUGUCCUGUUUGGGGCAUGGAAGUGUUCUGGAGGCACUGGGCUGUGUAACAUGUUUAAACUAGAUUUGUGAAAUCUCGUGAAAACAACCCCAAAGAGGCAUCUGCCGCUCAGGGAUCCUUGUCAUACUUAAAGACUUUUUAUUAAUUCAUUAAUUGUUAACGUUAAACCCAAACAUGUUAAAAGGUCCUAUAUUAUGCAAAACUGACUCUUGUGAGUUUUAAACCAUGUUAAAUUAAAUUAAAUUAUACCUG